GAAGAGCAUGGCCUGUCACCAUGGCACCAUUUCUAUCCCGAACUACACGCAACACGCUCUUCUACCCCCUCACAGAGCUCUUUAGGGGCUUCUGAUAGGAGACCGUCGCAGCUCUUUCAGGAAAGCAGCAUGACCAGAGGCUUCACUUUUCGGGCUUAAACCUGGUGGCUUCGAGUCAAGCUGUUGCGAGCAUGAACAGGAAUCUAAAAAGACCCACCACUGGUCAGUCAUGGUGGUCCUGGCCCUCUCUUGCCUUACUUGGGGUGGUAACCCUAUCUCUUGGUUCAGGGACUCUGGCAAUGAGGGUGACCUCCAGUGGGCCUCAGACCUUACAGCUGGCCCAGGGGGAACAAGCAAGAGUGGACUGCAUCUACACCCCAGACCCUGAAGACGUAGGAGAACUGGACAUCGAGUGGUCACUGGUCAGUCCAGAUACGACAAAGAAAGACCAGCUGAUCAUAUCAUACUCAGGAAGAAGUAAAUAUCUCCAUGGCGACCCAGCAUUAACCAAAGGGGUGGACUUUGCAGCCAGUGACCCCUCUCAGGGAGACGCGUCUCUCUCCAUCAGCUCAGUGGAUGCUGCUCAUGCUGGAACGUACCAAUGCAAAGUGAAGAAAUCUCCUGGCGUGGACAUGCACAAAGUCUCAGUGGUGGUUUUAGAGAGGCCGUCGGCGCCGAAGUGCUGGGUGGAGGGCGAUGAGGCCGUCGGUCAGCCCGUGUCCUUGCGCUGUAAGUCUGACCAGGGAUCCGGACCACUUCAGUACGAGUGGAGGAGAGAGAGCGGGGGUCCUAUUCCUCCCUCCGCCACACAGAACUCUGUUCUGGGAGAAUUAUUAAUCAGCAAUCACUCUGUGGACUUGGCUGGGAUCUAUGCGUGUGAGGUAGCCAACGCUGUUGGAAAAGAGCGCUGUCGACUGAACCUACAAGCUAUAAAGCCUCCUAACAGAGCUGGGGUGAUCGCUGGCACCGUGUGUGGAUGCUUACUGCUCAUUAUAAUCAUCCUCAUCAUCAUAUGUCUCCUCGUCUUCAGAUGGGAACGAAAACGCUAUGAGAAAGAGCUCUCCAAUGAGAUCAGAGAGGACGCACCGGCACCUGAGAGCCGUCCAGCCAGCCGCGGCUCGAGCCUCCACUCCAAAGUGGCCUACAGCCAGCUGAGCCAAACCCACAAACACCACCCGUCCUCCGCCAGCACCAGCUACACCGCCGCAAAGUACGACAGCAAAUACGGCUACAUUGUGUGAUACAGACUCAUUUAAAGCUCAUUUUACCUAAAGAUGAUGCUCACAUGCUACUGUGUCUCUUCUAUGGGUGACGUACAGCAUAUCGUACGUGGCAUAUUGUUUGCUGUUCAGUGAAACAUUUGAAAUGGGUUCUCUUUAUUAACGCCAACUGUAACAUGAAAGUUUUACAACUUAGACAAAAGUUUUUAGAAAGACAUUUAAAGUGCAUUGCCUGAGGACUGAAGGAAUAUAGUCUUUGCUAAUUAUCAUAUUUUUUUAGUUCUUCAUGCAAAUGUACCAAUUUUCAUUGUUAUCUUGUACUAAUUUUGUAAAGACAGAUAAGGACAUUAUACUGGAAUCCUCAGUGUAACACUAAGUCAAUUAUCUGCAGAUAAGAUUCUAAUCAGCAAAGACUUUUUAAACUCGAUUAACAUGCCUCUCUCCACUGAUACUGUGAAUAGGACACUACAGAAAUCAUGCUUUCCACUUUGUUUUUGUGAUCUUACACAUUCAGUCAGCCCAAAAGCAUACAUGAUCCUAGAUCUGUGGUCUCAAAGGAAAAAUCAGUGUUUUUUACAGUAGAGAUUCUAUAUUGAAACAGACAAGCUUCUUGACUGAGUAUAUGAAAUAUAUAUACUUUUUAAAUAAAUAUGAUAAUUAAAGCUGUGUCAAAUGCAAAUGUAUUUCUGCUGAUGAAGUAGAACAUCAAAUUAAGCAUGAUAUUAAUCUGUGCAUAACAAGAACUUCCAAACAAUCAACUAUUUUAAAUUUAUGUAGAUGUUUCUGAUCGUUUACUUAGUUGUAACUGCGUGUUGCUUUAACCUGGCUUGCUCUCACUGUGAGUUGUGUACCGGCUUCAAAAUGGUGCUACAUUACAGCUACCAAAAUGCUAUGGGAGUGAAGUCUGUGACUUAAUUACACAAUUCAGUGAUCAAAAACACUUACAAUGAAAAAUAGUUACACAGUCCCCAGGGAGAAUCUUGAGAAAUAUCUCAAGAAAUAUGAUUUAGCCCACAUUAGGGUGAGUCCCACUCCCCCUACGUCCCAUAUUCUCUCUAUUUUAAUAUCUUGUUUUAUAUCCUCUGAAGUCAUUUUUGCUCUGUAGCUUUAG